CAAAGGAGGAGUAGGAAUGCGUUUACCAAAUACUCCGUUUACCAGGCCUUUGAAUGCGUUGAGAGUUUAAUCGCAGAGAUUAUGUUUGCCCAAGCAGCUGCGGACGAUGGCAAGGACUUCAAUUCAAUAACGCGGAUAUGGCUGCUACCUCUUGGCAUGACCGAAGGAGAAGGCAGAGCUUGUGCUCUGCAGGAAGCUAGUAAGACAAGGGUCACCGUAGGGCAUGGUAGUGUUGGCGAGGCUCAGGAGGCCGAGCAGCUGGGUAAACAGUUAGGCAAGAUGAGGGAGGAGACCAGGGAAGCGGGUGCGCUGGGGCAAGCACCGUUGGGUCACGCAAAGAAAGCAAGCUCUGGGCGUGGCUAG